AUGUCAUCGGCUGGUAGAAGUUGUGUGUACAAAUGGUCAUCUCAAACGAAUAUCACCACUACUGUUGCUGGUCGAGAAAAUUAUCAAGGAACGACGAGCGAGUAUCUCAGUUCUCCUGAAGGUAUUUAUGUCGAUGGAAACAGUGGUACGGUGUACAUCGCUGAUUAUGUCAAUAAUCGAAUUCAGAAAUGGGAAAAAGAUGCACACAAUGGUACCACAGUGGCUGGAUUGAGCACAGGAGAAGGAGGCAGUGAUCACGAGUCGUUGUCGGAACCAAGUUCUGUAUGGGUUGAUGAUGAAACUCAUGUUGUAUAUGUAGCUGAUUCAGCCAAUGAACGAAUUCAACGUUCGUUGUAUAAUGCAUUAGUGGGUGACACCAUUGCUGGUGGAUCAGGUACAGGCGAUAAACUGACGCAAUUUGAUCAGCCGAUCGACUUAAAAUUUGAUAAUGAUGGCAACCUCUACGUAUGUGACCGUGUAAAUCAUCGUGUUCUUAUGUUUAAACUAAUUAACAAUGAGCCAUGUUUUCCAGUAUCAACACCAACACCAUCAUCUACACCAACAUCGACAACAACAUCAACAGAAAAUGUAUGGCUUUCAAUGCCCGAUGGUGUACGCCUAUCUACUACACUCACUAUUCCCGUGGCAAAACAUGGCAAUGAAAAAUUCCCUGUUCUACUCGAAUAUAAACCCUAUCGAAAAGAUGACAAUUCCUUCAAUGCUGAUCAGUCCAAUAUUUUCUAUCUAGCACGACGAGGUUUCACUGUAGCUAAAGUUGAUAUUCGUGGCACGGGCUCAUCCGAAGGUGUUCUCAUUGAACGUGAAUAUACCACACAAGAACUAGAUGAUUGUGAACAUGUAAUUAAACAACUUGCUGAUUAUUCUCACUCUAAUGGUCGUGUGGGUAUGUUUGGUUUGAGUUGGUCAGCAUUUAAUUCUCUAAUGAUGGCUACAUUACGACGACCACCUGCUCUUCGAACUAUAUUUGCUGCACAUGCUUCAGAUGAUCUAUAUAAGAACGAUAUUCAUUAUCCAGAUGGUAUUAUGCAUCUAGAUCAUUAUAUAGUUUCAAUUGAUCAUGCAAAUGCAUUACCAGCUACACCUAAUUAUGUUAUGAAUGAACAAUGGAUUAAAGAACGAUUUACAAGAAGACCUUGGGCCGAUAUCUAUCUUGAACAUCAAUUGGAUGAUUCAUUUUGGAGAAAACAUUCAAUCAAAUAUGCCUAUGCUAAUCUCACUCUGCCCACUUAUUUAAUCGGAGGACUUUACGAUCCUUAUAAAGAUACUGCUAUUAAUAUAUAUGAACAUGCACAUCAAAUUUCGCCCAAAAUUAAAGUUGUUGUUGGUCCAUUUGUUCAUACAAUGCCUGAUAAUGUGAAUCGUAAUCCAGGUCCUGGUUUUGAUAGCAAUGCUGAAAUGGUUCGAUGGUUCAAUCAUUGGCUCAAAGAUGACAAUGGGAACAGUGACAUUUUAAAUGAGCCUGACAUUACAUUAUUCAUUAGAACAAGUCUUACUACGGGUACAUAUCGAUAUGAGCCUCAAUGGCCAAUUCCUCGUCAACGAACACGACGUAUGUACAUGACUAACGAUCAAAUGUUGACUGAACAGAUACCAGCAUCUGUAGAAGGAAAAAGAAACAACAGUAAUGUGGAUACACUAGAAUAUCGACCUUGGAUUGGCUUCGAAAGUGGUCUUUGGCUCGGUGGAUUGACAGGGCAUCAACAAUCCUAUGAUGAACAUUCUCUCGUAUAUCAGAGUGAUCCAAUCAAUGAAAUUAUUGAAAUUAUUGGUUUUGUCAAUGUAUCACUUCAGGUGAGUGCUACUGCUCCGAUGGCUCACUGGAUUGUACGAUUGGAAGAUGUGGAUAAUAAUGGUCAAGUAUGGCUUGUAACAACAGGUGCACUAAAUGGAGCUCAACGGCAAACACCAUCAGCCCCUCUCGAACCGAAUCAUACGUACAUAAUCACUUUUCGGCUUCAUUUCACUACAUGGACUUUCUUUACUGGUCAUUCUAUUCGUGUUGCUACUUCGAAUGCUAUGUUUCCCACUUAUUGGCCAUCUGCAUUUGCUAUGAACACAUCGCUCUUUCUUAAUUCAUCAGCUACUUUUAUUGACUUACCUGUUAUUCUUCCAUUGUCAUCAAUAUCACCACCACCAUCGUUUACUCAACAACAAGUUUCAUCUACUGAUAUCUUUCCAGAAUUAUUCUCGGCUGUAAUAUAUUCAUGUCGACUCUACUGGCAUGGAACUUCAGUUGUUCACAUUUGA